AGGAGGGGUGCGAUUGGAAAACUAAUUGAAACCAUUAGUAUAGAAUCAAUCCCAGCGCUUACUAGUCUCUUCCCAGAUCUUCCUGCACUACUCAAGCAAGUACAACAUGAGUGGCGCCAAUAAGAAUGCCGCUUCGCCUUCCUUCCUCUCCGACAAAUCGGCGAAGGUUUUCGUAGCCGGCCACCGCGGCCUCGUCGGCUCCGCCAUCGUCCGCAAGCUCCAAGCCCUAGGCUUCACCAACCUCGUCCUCCGCACCCACGCCGAGCUCGACCUCACUCGCCAGGCCGACGUCGAGUCCUUUUUCGCCGCCGAGAAACCCCAAUUCGUGAUCCUUGCCGCCGCUAAAGUCGGCGGCAUUCACGCCAACAACACGUACCCGGCGGAUUUCAUCGCCGUCAAUCUCCAGAUCCAGACCAAUGUCAUAGACGCCGCCUACCGAUUUGGAGUCAAGAAGCUCUUGUUCCUUGGCUCCUCCUGCAUUUACCCCAAAUUCGCUCCUCAGCCCAUCCCGGAGAACGCAUUGCUGACGGGACCACUGGAGCCUACCAACGAGUGGUACGCCAUUGCCAAGAUCGCGGGGAUCAAGAUGUGCCAGGCGUAUCGGAUUCAGUACAGUUGGGAUGCAAUUUCUGGGAUGCCCACCAAUUUGUAUGGGCCGCAUGACAACUUUCACCCUGAAAAUUCGCAUGUGUUGCCGGCAUUGAUGAGGCGGUUUCACGAGGCAAAGGUGAAAGGGGCGGAGGAGGUGGUGGUGUGGGGGACUGGAAGCCCCCUGAGGGAGUUUUUGCACGUCGACGAUUUGGCAGAUGGAGUGGUGUUCAUGAUGGACAGUUAUAGUGGGUUGGAGCAUGUCAAUGUGGGUAGUGGCAAGGAAGUGACAAUUAAGGAGUUGGCUGAGCUUGUCAAGGAGGUUGUUGGGUUCGAGGGCCGGCUUGUUUGGGACUCUACCAAGCCCGAUGGAACUCCGAGGAAGCUCAUGGAUAGCUCAAAGCUUGCAGGGUUGGGGUGGACACCGAAGAUCUCGCUGAAAGACGGGCUUGUUGAUACUUAUAGCUGGUACUUAGAGAAUGUCAAGCAAUAAUGCAGGUGAUUGCAUUGCAUUGGAUUUCAAAAUUUUUUUUCCUUGAUCAUAUGAUAUUAACUCUUAUAAUCUUAUCAUCCUUAAAUUGUUAUUGCUGUUGCAUGUAACAUGAGGAGCCUACAUUAGAUGUUGAUUCUGUAUCAAUUACGUCGAAUAAGUUAUAUGUGAAUUUCUUGUUUGCGAUACAUGUUAAAACAGAAUACUAUAGAAUCAAGUGAGCUAUUUGUAUUA